UCAUCAUUCACAUCUCACUCUCAAUUGUUAUCAUCUCUUUCUAUAAUCCAACAACUCAAAACACUUUUUCUCUAAAAAAAAAACACUCGCCAAAAUGCCGCCCAAGGGAGAGAAGAAACCCGCCGAGAAGAAGCCCGCGGAGGAGAAGAAGGCCGCCGCCGCCGAGAAAGCUCCAGCAGAGAAGAAGCCAAAGGCCGGCAAGAAGCUUCCAAAAGAAGCUGGAGCCGCCGCUGGUGACAAGAAGAAGAAGAGACACAAGAAGAGCGUCGAAACCUACAAGAUCUACAUCUUCAAGGUUCUCAAGCAAGUUCACCCUGACAUCGGAAUCUCCAGCAAGGCGAUGAGCAUCAUGAACAGUUUCAUCAACGACAUCUUCGAGAAGCUUGCUCAGGAAUCAGCCAGGCUCGCUCGUUACAACAAGAAGCCUACCAUCACUUCCCGGGAGAUUCAGACUGCUGUUAGGCUUGUUCUUCCUGGUGAACUCGCUAAACACGCCGUGUCAGAAGGAACCAAGGCGGUCACCAAGUUUACUAGCUCUUAAGAGGUUUGGUGGUUAGGGUUUGAAUGUGGUUAUGGUUGUAUUUAUUAAGUUGUUUGGAGGUUAUGAAAUUAGGGUUAGGGUUUUUAGGUUGUUAACUUUUAUGAUUAUGUCUAUCUAUAUCUUUAGUUUCAUGUUUCUAGAUCUGUAUUUGUUUGAUGCGGAUAUGAAAUACUAAAUGUCUACUAUAUUUUGGUACCUAAA